CUCGGUUUCUCCCCCGAUCGGUUUCCCUCUGCGUUAUUUGGCUAUAAAUCUUGCUUUUCCCUUUUGCUUACAUUUUGAUCUUACCUUUGCUGGGAGUUUUCCGACGACAUCACAUUACUCUCGUCGUUUCUGAGAGUCCGGCGCAUCGCGCAAUCCUUUUUCCCCCUCAUCGCGGCGGGGCAUUCUUUUGCCAAGCGCACGGCACUCCAUUGGACCACCGAUUCAGACUUUCGAGACUUCGUUUUUGAUCGGGAUACUUGUUUGAUGGCAGGAUGGGAUUACUAGCUCUCGGAACAGCGCUCGAUUGGCCCGACGCCAAAUUGCGGGCGGAUCAGGUCCGGAAAUGGGGAAUUGAGCAAUUACUCGCGAUCUGGGGAAGAGCCAAGGGCAAGGAGAGGGAUGUUCUACUGUGGGGGGACGAGGUCGAGUAUCUCGUCGUCGCCGUCGAUGAAGAAGCCAAAAAGGCUCGACUCUCUUUGGCGCAGGCCGAGAUCCUCAAGUCGUUGGCCAAGGAUGAGGCACUCUGGAACUCUGGAACCUCUCCGGUGUCGCAGAACAAAGAGCACGACGGCGAGGCGCCCCCUCACUUCGUUCCGGAAUUUGGACGGUUCAUGCUGGAAGCGACGCCCGGGCGGCCGUGGGGCAUUCAUUUCAAGGAUCUGUUGAAAGUCGAGUCGAAUAUGAAGUGGAGACGCGAGAUCGCAAAGACCCACAUGGCACCGAACGAGUAUCCCAUCACCCUCACGACGUUCCCCCGGUUGGGCACGAAAGGCGACUACAUCCAGCCCUACUAUCCGCCGUCAGGCCCGGCACUACGAUCGCAGUUUGUUCCAGACGAGAUCGCCAACCCCCACAUCCGGUUCCCGACCUUGGCGGGUAAUAUCCGAUCGCGCCGAGGUCGGAAGGUCGAGUUGAAUGUGCCUGUGUUCAAGGACAAGAAUACCCCUCGGCCGUUCAAAGAUCCCACCGUGAACUACGAUCUCCAUCAGUGGCCCGAGGAUGACGAUGUGAGGAACGGCGCCGCCAAAGACGAUCAUGUCUACAUGGAUGCCAUGGCGUUUGGGAUGGGCAGCUGCUGUCUUCAGAUCACCUUCCAGGCUAAGAAUAUCACCGAGGGGAGGACACUGUACGAUCAGCUGAGCCCUCUCGGGCCAAUUCUUCUGGCGCUCACUGCGGCAACCCCGAUCUACAAGGGAUUCAUGGUCGACACGGACGUUAGAUGGAACCAGAUCGGCAAUGCCGUGGACGACCGGACGCGGGAGGAGCUUGGCGAGCUGCCCCUGAAGAACGAUAGAUGGAGGAUCCCCAAGUCCCGAUAUGCGUCAAACUCGACAUAUAUCGCGCAGGACUCACGGUUGCGGAAGGAGUACCUGGACCCCGAUCUCGUCGUCGACGAAGACAUCAAGAAGCGGUUAAUAGAAGGCGGCAUGGACGAUCUCCUCGCAACACACUUCGCACACCUCUUCAUCCGCGAUCCCCUCGUGAUCUUCUCAGAAGACCUAGAGGAGCUAGACCUCAACAAAGCAGACCACUUCGAAAACCUGCAGUCCACCAACUGGCAGCAUAUGCGGUUCAAGCCGCCGCCGCCAGGAACAUCCGACAUCGGCUGGCGGGUCGAGUUCCGAUCAAUGGAGAUCCAAAUGACGGACUUCGAAAACGCCGCCUUCAGCAUCUUCAUCGUGCUCGUCACGCGGGCCAUCCUCAGCUUCGACCUCAACUUCUACAUCCCCAUCCAGCGCACAACAGAGAACAUGGAGACGGCGCACGCCCGGAACGCCGUCCUAGACCGCAAGUUCUACUUCCGCAAGGACCCGUUCUCGCGGAUCCCCCGCCGACAGCAGCGCCAGACGCCCAACGGGACCAGAGCGACGUCCGCCGCGUCGUCAUCGGGGAGCAGCACGCCUCCCCCUCUGGGGCCCGUGGAGUCCGAGUACGGGCUGAUGAGCAUCUCGGACAUCAUCAACGGCGCCGAGGACGGGUCCUUCCCUGGCCUCAUCCCGCUCGUCGAGUCCUACCUCAACAGCGUCAACGUGGACGUCGAAACGCGGUGCUUCCUCGCCCGUUACCUCGAUCUGAUCCGGAGGCGCGCGAACGGCACUCUCUGGACGGGGGCGAAGUGGAUUCGGGAGUUUGUGGCGUCGCAUCCGGCCUACAAGCACGAUAGCAUUGUGUCGGAUGAGAUCUGCUACGAUCUUGUCAAGGCUGUCGACGAGAUGUCUGUGAAAGAGGGGAAGAACGGGAGUGUGGGGUGGGAGCUCCUCCGGGGGAGGAAGUGAGCGUGAAGCAUUU